GGGGAACAGAUUGGGGUGGUACGUGAGGGAGGUUGGCGCCUGCGGGGAGGGACACGGCUGUCGCCUUCUUGGCCUGGCCUUGGGUUUGCGCAUGCGCAGUAUCCUCUCACUGCACCUGUUGGCCCCCCCGCCCCCUUGAGCCCGCUGUCCGCCUCCUUCCUGGGUGUCAGGUGUUCCCACACUUGCUUCCUUGUACCUUCAUCCUCUACCUGGACACCCAGGGGCGGAGCAGCGGUGGGCGGGCAUGGAAAUGGGUGAGGAAGCUGGGCAGGUGGCCAGUCCCUGAUCAGGUCCUGGCAGUGGUGCCUGCACGGCCCUCCCCUUGUUUACAGUAGGGGUGGGUUCCCUGGGCCCCAGGUUGGCCUGAUGAAUGAGGCGGAUCGCGGAAGAGAGGCAGAGGUGAAGAGUAGGACUCCAGCCCAGGUUCCUCCAACCUUGGAGAAGGCGAGAGAUGGGAGGAGGAGGGUAGAGGCCUGAGAUGCCAGCACAGGCCCGUGCUGUUGGGGUAGGAGGGAGGCCUGGCUCUGUUCCGCUCCCUUCUCUGUGGGGCCAUUGCUGUGGCCUGGGGGAAGGCUGGUGCCUGAGUCACUGGGAUCUGGGGCUUGCGGGGGCACGGGACGAUACAGAGUAGUCCUGGGCCAGGGAGGAGGGGUCCAGGCAGAAGCCCAGGUGGGCUCGACCUGGCCAGGGCAGCCUGCAGGUGCCAGCCUUGGCCUGAGUGGGCUGUCAGGGUCACCCAUGGGUGGGGGGUGAGUGGCCCAGUGAGCUGGGGCUCCCCCAAGCAGGUGCACUGGGGCUGUUGGGAAGCAAGGCAGUGGAAGAGGCGGCUGAGGGUCCGAGACUGAGACUGGCAGCCCCUGUACCAUCGGGGACAAUAGGGUGGCCAGCGAGACAUUCAGGAACAGCUGAAAGCUCCGUUGUGCCAUUUUGUGGCCAGUGGGCUGUCGUGAGCGGGAACGACUGGCUGAGGGGUCACAGUUGGGGGCGGUAUCGGGUGCCCAGCCUGACCUUCAGGCAGCGGGGUUCACUAGGUGUUGCUGUGGGCAGCCUGGCACAGUGGACAGUCAUUUGGGAACCAUUUGGGAGUCCUUGUGGGCCAGGAACAGCCACAGGGACCGUGGGGACCUCUUCAGAGCUGCCCGGGAGGCCCCCGAUGGUCCUCCAGGGACAGCCAGGCCCUGGGUGAUCCGGCCCAUCGCAGCAGAGCAGGAUGGCGGCCUCCCAGCUGGCGGCGCUGGACGAGGCGGAGGCAGGGCCCGGGCCACUGCCACUGACGGAGGCCAGCCCCGCCUUCCUGUACUCUGAGGGCCAGCGGCUGGCGAUCGAGGCACUGCUGAGUGAGGGCAGGAACGCCUUCCAGGCCUGCGUACAGCAGGAGGGGCUGCGGCCCUUCUUGAGUGAGGAUGAGGUCCAAACCCUGGCAGCAGCUGCCGAGGACUGGACAGAAGCUGGGCAGGAACCUGGCGGGGCUGCAGAAGGGGCUGCCGCCACCACCGCCGACCCAGCCAAGAGCAGCCUGACCUACUGGCCUGGGCAGUCGGAGGAGCCAGUGCCCCUGCUGCGGCUAGGCUGGCCAGAGGGUACCACCUGGAAGGGCAUCACCCGGGCACAGCUGUACACCCAGCCCCCCGGCGAGGGCCAUCCACCCCUCAAGGAGCUGGUGCGCCGAGAAAUCCAGGCUGCCCGCAAGCUGGUGGCCGUGGUCAUGGACGUGUUCACUGACCCAGACCUUCUUUUGGACCUGGUGGAUGCAGCCACGCGCCGCUGGGUCCCCGUGUACCUACUCCUGGACCGCCAGCGGCUGCCUGCUUUCCUGGCGCUGGCCGGGCAGCUGCGGGUGAACCCCUGGGCCACUGAGAACCUGGACAUCCGCGUCGUGCGGGGCUGCACUUUCCGGAGUCGCUGGCGACGGCAGGUGAGCGGCGGCGUGCGGGAGAAGUUUGUGCUGCUGGAUGGAGACAGGGUCAUCUCAGGGUCCUACAGCUUCACGUGGAGUGACUCUCGCCUGCACCGCGGCCUGCUGACCCUGCUGACCGGAGAAAUCGCUGAUGCCUUCAGCCUCGAGUUCCGCACGCUUGUGCAGGGAGCCCGCACAGCCAGUGCACCCCUGGCCCGACCCAGCCGCUCCCUGUGGGACCUGAGCCGCCUGUCUCAGCUCUCGGGCUCCAGCGACGGCGACAGUGAGCUCAAGCCCUGGGGCUCCAAGGAAACCCCCGCCAAGGCCCUGAUGAGACAGCGGGGCACUGGAGAGGCCCGGCCCCUGGCCCGGUGCCAGCCUUGGGGCAGCCCCCUGCCCCCGAUCCCUGCCCGCCGGCUCCGCUACCUGUCCCCGACCCGCAGGAGGUUUGGUGACAACGCUCUGUCCAAGCCGGUGGAGCUCAGAGGCGUCCAGCGGCCGGACUGGGCCUCUCGCUGUGGACGAGCCGGGCGCCCCUGACAGGAGCCCGGCCAGUGUGGCUGCUGUUGGUGCCCACUCAGAGCCCGGCCUGGCCCUGGGCAGAGGGAGGGCUUUUGUCCGCUUGCCCCAGAACCGGGCCGGCCCGGGCCCGCUCUAGGCUCUGUCGCAGCGGGAAGCCGAAAGCCCCCAGUUUCAGGCUCAGCCAGGCCAGGCCUGUGUGGAGGAGACCUGGCUGGAGCGGGGCCCCCGCGUGGACUGUGGGGUGACUCGGAGAAGCCUGUGGACAAACGAAGAUCAGGCUCCGCCGGGCCCCGGGGCUGAGCGGGGAGCUGGGGGGUCC